AUGCCCAAAUCCAAGCGCCAGAAGGUCGUGCAUCUUACCAAGACGGACAAGAAGGGCAAGGAGCUAUCUUUGAAGCUCUUUGCCAAUGUCCAGGAAGCGGCGGAUAACUUUGAGCACAUCUUCGUCUUCGCCGUAGAGAACAUGCGCAACUCGUACCUCAAAGAAGUUCGCCAGGAGUUCGCUGACAGCCGAUUCUUCUUCGGAAAGACCAAAGUCAUGGCGAAAGCGCUUGGCCUAAGCCCGGCAGAAGAGCACCUCUCGAACCUCUCCGAGCUUACCAAGCACCUCAACGGCAAUGUCGGACUCUUUUUCACCAACCGCGAGCCCAGCGAGGUCAUUGAGUACUUUGUCAACUACUCGCAAACCGACUUUGCGCGCGCCGGUGUUGUCGCUACACAGACCUUCACAGUACCCGCUGGUGUUGUCCACUCAAGAGGUGGAGAGAUUCCCGAAGAGGAGGACGUGCCGCUGCCGCACAGCAUGGAGACUACCAUCAGGAAAUGGGGCAUGCCAACGAGGCUCGACAAGGGCAAGAUCAUCUUGGAUGUGCCGCACACCAUCGCCGAGGAGGGCAAGGUCAUGAACAGUCAUCAAACAGCGCUGCUGAAGAUGUUCGGUGUGGCCAUGGCAGACUUCAAGAUCGAUCUCAAGGCCUACUACACCAAGGCGACUGAGCAGGUGACAGAGGUUGGAGCUAUGGAGGAGUAG